AACUAUCGGAUUCCAUAGAUAAGUUUGAGUCAUGAUUUACUAAGAAGUGUUUUCAGCGGCUAUAGUAUAAUAUUUAUGAACGACAGAAAACGGUACCUGCGUAUUACUAAUACUGCUAUCUUAUCUUACUCUGAUAACCGCCUUAUGUAGAUGGCUCACUUUUAGUUUUGUUAGUGUCCCAUUAAAUUAGUUUGAAAUAAGUGAUAAAUAUUCUGGUGUGUGAAAGAAUUUCAGUAAAAUGGCAUCAAGAAAGUCAUUUCUGUUUUAUUUGGCUGCAAUUUUGGUUAUUCUCAGCACUCUCACACAUGAGGCUGAAGCUCGACGAAGAAUCCUGCGAGGAAGGCGGGUGAUGACACGCACGUAUUAUCGCGGCCUUGCAAUUCCAGCUUGGGCAAUAAGCUUGAUAGCAGGGAUAGGAAUGCUGCUAGUCGGUGGCAUUCUCUAUGUGGUUAUGAGGAAAUUAGUGCUAUCAUCGGAGACCGGCACUUUAAACACAUACCAACCAGCAAUGCAGAAUGACCAAGUUUAGUUUUUAGAUAUUACAGUGAGUGAUUAAUAAUUUUAGUUGUAAGGUAAACAGCACGUCAGUUUAUACAAAUCUGUUAAGUUAUUCACUUACUUUUAAACUUUAAUGCAUUGAGUGUAGAGUUAUAAUUCAUUUGCCAUAAUAAGGGUA